CACCAUCCUCCCUCCACCAUCCUCCCUCCACCAUCCCCCCUCCACCAUCCCCCCUCCACCAGCAUGCAGCGGGAGGCAAUGUUCUGCAGCAGAGAGGAGCGGAUGGGAGGAACGGAGAAGAGCGGCGUUGCAGCAGGAGGGAGCGAGGGAGGGCUGAGUCGCCCGAGCAUGCUGGCGAGGUGGAGGGCGGAGCUGGGAAGAUGGGGGGUGAGAUGGUGUUGUGGAGUGCGGAGCUGAAGGGUGGUUGACCCGCGAGAAGGAGUGAUGGAGGGUGGAGAGAAUGGGGAAGCGGGCCAGGGGGGGGCAGCUGAGGCAGAGGAGUGGAGGGAUGCUGAAGCAGUAAAGUCAGGUGGAGCAGAGACGGCAGGUGAAGCAGAGACGUCAGGUGGAGCAGAGACGGCAGGUGGAGUAGAGACGGCAGUUGAAGCAGAGACGGCAAGUGAAGCAGAGGCGGCAGGUGAAGCAGAGGGUGCGGCUGAAGCAGAUGGGGAAAGCUUAUGCAGAGAAUUCUCCUGAAUCAGAGAGGAAGCCGAAGCAGAGAGGAAGCUGAAGUGGAAUAUGCAGCUGUAUCAAAUGGUGCAGAGGUGGGAGCUGAAGUAGAGAAGGAAGCUCAAGCAGAGGGUGCGGCAGAAGCAGAGGGUGCAGCAGAAGCUGAGUGUGCGGCAGAAGCAGAGGGUGCGGCAGAAGCAGAGGGUGCGGCAUAAGAAGUUGCUGAAGCUCAAAGGGGGAAGCUGAAGGCAGGGGGGAAGCUGAAGGCAGGGGGGAAGCUGAAGGCAGGGAGGAAGCUGAAGGGGAGGGGAAAGCUGAAGGUGAGGGGGAAGCUGAAGGGGAGGGUAUGGCAUGUCCCAACCAUUGCUGGGGAGUCUAAACCUCCCAACAGCAGUGGCUUGGGAAACUACCUCUUCCCUACUUCCUGUUUUUCAACCACGUGUCUCAACCACUGCCUGGGAGCCCAAUCCCCCAACCAGUGGCUUGGGAGACUACCAUUUUUAUGGCAUGUCCCAACCAUUUCUGGGGAAUUUAAACCAUUGGUCCCAACCACUGCUUGGGAGACCUACCUGUUUCCUAGCCCUUCAUGGCAACUAUAUAUCCUAACCGCUACCAGGGGAGCCAAUCCCCCGUAUAGUGGCUUGGGAACUUGCUGCUUCUUACUAUUACUUGAUUUGGGGUACAUGGAUAUGUUAUCCCAGCCAUUGGUUUGGGAAACCAGAUUUCCCGGCCAAUGGUCUGGUAAACUAUGGGUAAUCUACGGGGGGGACUAGGAUCUCUUUGCCGUGGGCACCAUCUGUCGCAAAGCCACUCACCCGGGGAAGUGAAUCUCCCGGCCAGUGCUCUCGAACAUGGUUCCUACCUACUGUUGUGGGGACUCCGGUCCCUUGCCCCUUUUGGGCCAUGUUUUUCCCGGGCGGCGGUCCCCCACCUCACAGUGGUGUCCGGGUGUAAUGCUAGGGGCAGUGCUAGCGCCCCUGAUGGCCAAGAGGGGGCCAUAUUUAAAAUGUACAGUAGCAGUAUAGGAUAUUGUGACUUCGAUUGGUUGUGUUGUGUGAUGUAGCCACUGUAGAUUCUUAAUUCGUUGGUUUCUGUUCCGUUGUGGUAUCUGUUCUAAUGCUUGCCAUGGUAUCUUCUUAUGGUGUGCGAGGAUUAUUGGAAUUAUGGUGCCAGAAUUAUUGGCCUGCAAUUUGCUUGUCUCGGCGCUGCGCACGUUCUGCCAGCAUAUUGAUAGGAGUGAGCAUGAAGCAGACCAUGCCUGCCAACUUUUCAAGACCCGCCAUGAUUUGCGAACCUUGUGCACCGCAACCACCUGUCAAACAUGUCUUGUGUCGAGGGUCGGCUUCGCCGUGCCCCGCACUCCUCCUCGU